AUGGAUCAUGUCUUCAUCCACACAAGAAGCCAAGCACAUUCGCCCCCCGCAAGCGCUCUAUCUCUUCACUCGACCCAAUUUCGACCAAGAGCUCUUACUAUCGAUGUUACUCAAUGUUCGGGUGCUUCCAUGCUAAUUUUGGUAGAGGAAUUCAUCAUUAUGACCUGUCUGCGAGGGUCCGCCAGGAGGACGAUUGGUAAUAGCAAAUAA